AAACAUUGGGGUGCAAGCCUUACGCAAGAUGCACAGCUGUAAUAUGACCCUCAUUCGGAUUGGGCAAAAAUGACCCGAUGACGCGGCUAUGAACUCUGCACCACGGGCGUCUUUGGGUGAGACGCAACUUGACCACCUUCUCCAACGAUGAAGUCUACAACCCAUAAAGCCGCUAGUAACGACAUCUUUGCAUGCCUACAGAAUGAUACCCCGGACUGGGAUUUCUUGGACGCCUUGUUAUCUGAACUCAUGAUAUUACCAACAUUAUCAGAGCAAGCAUUGCUGUUUUACCGUGAAUUAUGUACCCAUUUGAAUGCAGCAAACGAUAGACUGCUUGCGUCAGCGACUCCUCAGCAUGCUCAUCGUCUUCUGAACGUCUUCACAUCCGUUGCGAACAUUCAAGAAAAAGUAGAUGGCAACACAUUCACUCUUCGUCAUUAUGUGAAUGCGAUUGAAGCGGGUAUCCGUCUUUCACCACCGCUGUCCUCAGGAACCACGUUGACAUUCCGAGAUAUCAUUCUUGCCAGCUGGUUUGCAUCGCUUGCAUUUUCCACGCUACCGCCAUCACCAGAACCGAAUAAUAUCUUGGACGCAAUCCAAGAUCGUGCUAGCACCAACCAUCUUCCACAUUUCGACGACACUAGCUUGGCACUAGUGCAUGCAGUCCAUCAUGCCAGUGACGGCUUCAUUAAUGCUAUGCUGGAUCCCAUUACCGGAACACUGCCCAAUGUCGUGCUUUUUCCAGAUCAGGCGCAGAUGCUGUCGGUUGUCGUUUUUGCUUCCCCACAUACCACUUUUGAUGUAUGGGCUGCGCUUCACUCUGGUCAAUCGACAUAUGAAGUCAAGACUGCAACCUCAUCUGCGUUGCUUACCCUUGCACGGCGCAUUCAGGAAGGCGCAUUGAUUGCUGACCUCGGUCUUGAUAUUCCGCAUUGUUCCAGUGAUGCGCUGGUUCUCCUGCUUCACUAUCUUGCGCUAUCAUUGUUUCCGAGUGCCUCUGCAUUCAAUGAUACUGGUGUUGUCCUGUGCGGCAUGAGCAGCAAUGCGGCUUCAAAUAUGCCACGAGUCGCUUGUGGAAGGGAUGUUGCCCGCCUUUAUUACGAGAAAGGGUUGCAAAUCGAUCCCACGCAUCCCCAUUUACUUUCGAAUUUCGGCUCGCUGCUGAAAGACGCUGGUCACAAUACCUAUGCAGUUGGGGUUUUCAACCACGCUCUGCAACUACACCCUGAAUUAGACAUUGCACUGGUCAACAUGGCAAAUACCCUGAAAGAUAUGGGCCGUCCUGCAGAUGCGAUUCCUUAUUACCUUAAGGCUGUAACCAUAAAUGCAGGCCUGGUCGAUGCCUACUGUGGAUUGAGCAUGUCUAUGAACGCAGUCUGUAACUGGACAGCGCGAGGUAAUGUGGGACCUUUUGCACCAAUACAAGCUCAACAUUCCGCAGACCAUUGGUUGACAAACACAAUAGUGAUAUGUGAAGAGAACCUUUCGGAGCUUCAUCAUCAGAACAUCGGCAUCCUCGGUGAGAGGAGUGUUGAUAACUGGCUUCUCAAUGUAGCCUUAACUACAUCAAGACCUCAAUGCGACCACAGCUUGAGAAGAUGGGUUCACCGAUUUUGCCUUUUCACAGAUGUUUCUGAUGGGCGACAACCUCUCCUCAACGAAGGGAGUUUCCUUAUACGCCUUAUUGACUGGUACCGGACUAGGAUGCAACAUCGACGUUACGUCGAAACUUAUGGAGAGACACUCUACAGCGAAGAGGCGUCAUAUUCACAACCAAGGGCAACUCCUACUGCGAAGCUGUUUGGCUUUGUCCUUUCCUCGGCGUCCUUACAAAAAGUUCCAACUGUACUACCUUUUCAUACUUUCACGCUUCCACUGCCUAGCCGCACCAUUCGACGCAUCGCACACAGAAAUGCCCUUCGUGUGUCACAUAAUAUAAUGACGCAGAUAUCACCAGACAGAGUGCCAUUACUGCCGCGGCCUCCGUGGAAACGGCGUAUUAACGUCGGUUAUGUGUCCAGCGACUUUAGUGACCAUCCAUUAAGUCAUUUAAUGAAGUCGGUUUUCCAGCUGCACGACCAGGAUCGGUUCUGCGUCUUCCUAUAUGCGACGAGCCCGUCAGAUGGGUCAGUCUUCCGACAGUACUUUGAGCACGGCGACUUCAACUUUCUCGACGUCUCUUCGUGGUCAAGUGUAGACAUAGUUAACAGGAUUGAAGAGGAUCAUAUACAUAUCCUUGUCGACUUGGGCGGUUAUACCAGAGGAGCGAGGAACGAGAUCUUCGCUGCAAGGCCAAGUCCCGUUCAGAUCUCGUUGAUGGGUUAUGCUGGAACAUUGGCAGCCAGCUGGUGCGACUAUCUCGUCUGUGAUAGCAUCACAUGUCCUGUCGACCUAUUUGCACGGGUUCAAGCAUAUCAAAAACAAAGCCUAAAUUAUUGCUGCCAGCACAGUGAUUUUGGGGUUCCAGUAGGAGAGGAGGGUGAUCCAGAAUCAUCCUCUCCCCAUUGGAUCUACGCGGAGUGUCCAAUAUAUAUGCCACAUACAUAUUUUGUCACCGACCACAAACAGUCUUAUCGACAUGGCGAAAAUCUUUCUGUCGAGGAGCGUGCUCAGAUGCCAGCGGAAAAGCUAUGGAAUGAUGAAAUCAAGUGUAGAGCAGAUCUUAGACGAGCCCUGUUUCCUGAUUUACCCUUGAAUGCUAUCAUUUUUGCCAAUUUCAAUCAAUUGUAUAAGAUCGACCCCAACAUAUUUGCAACUUGGCUUCGUAUUCUAGCCCGGGUUCCAUGUAGCAUUCUUUGGUUACUGCGAUUUCCCACUGCUGGAGAAGCUUACCUGAUCCAAACUGCCAAGGAGUGGGCAGGCGACGAGAUAACAUCACGUAUCAGGUUCACGGAUGUUGCUGAAAAAGACUAUCACAUCUACCGAUGCCGAGUUCCUGAUCUAUUUCUAGACACGUCAGAAUGUAGCGCGCACACUGUAGCAGCCGAUGUGCUCUGGGCCGGCACGCCGAUAAUUGCUUGCACCUGGCCUAGUCAUCGACACAAGAUGUCUUCCAGGGUCGCUGCGAGCUUGGCCAGUGCUACGGGGUUUGGCGAGUACAUGGUGGUAUCCAGUAGGGAUGAAUACGAAGAACGUGCGGUGGCCCUAGGGAACAGCAUGUGUUACACUGUGCAACCCAAUGGCAAUGGGGAAAUAAGUGGGGACCUGCUUGACCUGCGACGGCGUCUUUUCUUAAACAGAGAUACCAUGCCUUUAUUCGACACGGAGCGAUGGACAAGGAACUUGGAGAAGGCAUAUCGGAUGGCUUGGAGGCGGUGGGUGGAUGGCUCUAUGUUCAGGAUGAGUGAUGAUGGUUGUAUCUGGGUCAAGGACGAUAUCGAUGUUCCCAUCCGCAUGGACUGAUGAGAUACCCCACCUGUGUAGUCAAUCACUCACGUACUCGAUGUGCGCUCAAUAAAUGUUAUGUAGUAGGACAAUGUGGCGGUGACCUUGAUCGAACCGGCCACAGUCUAGAACCGGACCCAGUUGGCCGCACGUCGGACUGGCAAGCCUUU